AUGGCAACAUUCGACAUCAAGAUCAUCUCCGACACUGUCUGCCCAUGGUGCUACGUCGGCAAGAAGCGCCUUGAAGCCGGCAUCGCCCUAUACAAAGAACGUCACCCAGACUCCACCGCCACAUUCUCCACCACCUGGGCCCCAUUCUUCCUCAAUCCAGCGGCACCCAAAGAGAGCGUCGACAAGCAAGCCAUGUACGAAUCUAAAUUCGGCGUCGCCCGCGCACGCAUGAUGCAAGAGCGCCUCUCCAGUAUCGGCGCGUCCCUCGGCAUCAACUUCAAGUAUGGGGGCCGCGUGGGCAACACACGUGACUCACACCGGCUGGUGCAGCUGGGCAAGGAGAAAGGUGCAGCGGUGCAGACGCGGGUUGUGGAGGAGCUGUUUGCGGCGUACUUUGAGAACGAGAGGGAUCUCACGGAUCAUGCGGUGUUGCAGGCGGCGGGCGAGAGGGCUGGGUUGGAUGCGGAGGAGGUUAGGGCGUGGCUUGCGAGUGAUCAGGGGGGCGAGCGGGUUGAUAGGGAGGCGCGGGAGGCACGGGAAGGCGAAGAGGUGACUGGAGUGCCGUAUUUUGUGUUCCAGGGGAAGUAUGCGAUCGGAGGGGCGGAGGAGCCGGAGACGUUUGCGACACUUCUUGAGAAGGUCGCCGCUAAGGAACGUUUGUGA